CUUAUUAUAUCUACAUCUUAUGUAUACAUGUAUAUAACACUACCUCUACUUACUAAAUUAUCCAUUUGCACAAGUGUACAUACAAUCUGUUAAUAUGUUUAUUCUACUAUAUACUACCCUGUACAAUGUCUCUUAUAUGUUAUUAUCCCCCAUUUUCUGUAAAAUAGUCUUUAUUUUAUAUAUGCACAAUUUAGAAUCUUUUAGACUGUAAAUCGUAUUAUAUUGUAUUGUCAUUGUGUUGAAUGUCUGUACUAGAAGCUUCCAACACCAAAGAAAAUUCCUUGUGUGUGCAAGCACACUUGGCAAUAAAGCUCUUCUGAUUCUGAUUCUUCUGAUUCUACCAACCAGGUUUUACAUGACAUCACUUAUUUUUAUUAGUCCAUCCCCUUAUCACUCGUUACAGUUACAUUUCAGCCUGCGCCCGCUAGAGUUAUAUUUCCGGCCUACCAUAUUAGGAUUUAAUCGUAGGGAGCGCCUGUCAAUCAACACAUACGUAUGUCAUGUGCUCUUUAUCUUGACACCUUUCCGGGGGCUUUCGGACGAUACAUGAUUUAACAUUAGUUUUAUUAAAAAUGAACUCAUGGUUUAGUGAUAAUGAGCACCCCAGCGUCCUUGGCUGUAUGCAUAAGUUAAACUCCUCUACAAAAGUGUGUGGUUUUAUUAAAAAUGAGCUCAUUGUUUAGUGAUAAUGAUAAACAACCCAGCGUUUUUAAUUCAACUUCUCUACAAAAGUGUGUGUGGUGUACGUGCAGUUCCUGUCUUAGUGUGAGAAGAUAUUUGGUGUGUACGCAGGUGUUCAAACUCAUACAUGAGGAUCAUAGCCCAUAUUACAUCAGAAAAACACAUGAGACCUAUAACUAGUUUAAAUGCAUUGUUUCAUAUAAAAACUCAAUCAGUAAUAGAAAAACCACCUUAGCUCUUGGCUACAUUGUGUGGACAUCUGUGAAUCCUCACAACCCGUAGCGUUACCGCAAUAAUAAAAACAUAUUUUCUACUGAUAUGUUGUUUUUAAGGUUUGCUGAGGUGAUUGAAGGUCUUUGUGUCUGAGGCCACGCCCACUUGUUUGCUGUUUUAAUCUGGACUCUUGAUCCAUUAAUCACCUUUAAGAUGUCCUGUGACAGAGACACGGACACUUCACAUCACACACAUGUGAAGAAUCCUCCACACAUUCAUUCUGUUGACGGAUACACAUAAAGAUCGUGCCGCUGUGGCUACAGUGAAGAAUGGCCCAGAACGCACAGAGAGCGCCAUCCACAGACAGCGUUAAAUCUGUCCAGUCGUCCGAUGCCGUCCCUAAGUCAGCCCUCCGGAAGACCGCGUCCGGUGACACCAACACAAUAACAACCAACAAGAAAUCCAGCGAGGACGCCAUGAACAAGGUGUACACCAACCUGCUGAACAGCGUCUUCGGUCAGGAGAGAGAGUUAUCUCAGCCCGAGCUGGACGAGCUGGCUGAAGCGUUUAAGGAGUUUGAUUAUGAUCAGGACGGAUAUCUGAACUAUAAAGAUCUGGCAGAAUGUAUGAGGACGAUGGGCUACAUGCCCACUGAGAUGGAACUCCUGGAGAUCAUUCAACAGAUUAAAAUGAGACUGGGCGGUCUGAUGGAUUUCGAUGAUUUUUGUGAGUUGAUGGGUCCCAGGAUGAUGGAGGAGACAGCGGACAUGCUCGGUCUCAGAGAACUCAAAUGCUCCUUCAGUCAGUUUGACACAGAUGGAGAUGGAAAGAUCUCUCUGGAUGAGAUGAAGGAGGCCGUGAAGACUCUGUUAGGAGAGAAACUCAAGAAGGGAGAACUGGAGGAGAUUCUGAAGGAGUUGGAUCUGAACGGUGAUGGAACGGUGGACUUUGAUGAGUUUGUGAUGAUGUUGUCAGUGCGGUGAAUCUUCAUCAUCAUCAUCCUCAGACAGCAGCAGGUAGAGGAUGAUGUCAUCACUGUUGUUUUCUUAUUCCAUCUUCUCAACAAACUUUAGCCAACAAACUCUUAUACACAUUUUUUCUGAACGAUUAUUUACCACAAAAACACACGCCAAAACCAAUCUAAACAUACAGUCAGGCGAACUUUACUCUCGUUUGUGUAUAGAAAUGUCAUUUUAUUUUCAUGAACAUCACUAGGACUUUGUACAUAAUGUCAUAUGUUUUUCAGUUUUGUUAAUAAACAGUAAAAAUCUGAAAAAUUGUGGAAAUGAUUUUCUUCAUAUGAAAAAUAUAACAAAUCUCAGGUGGAUUUCGUUAACAGCUGUUAAACUGCAGUAAAAUAAAUAAAUGCAAAUGAACUGCCAGAAUGCAAGAACACAAGAACUGCCUGAAAUAAAAGCAGAACACCACAUGAUUAUAAAGUCUGCAGAUUUUUCAUGUAUGUGAAAAUGCGUUUUUGUUUUAAAGCAUUAUGUCAUAAAAUCAUGUUCUUGAUGUUGAGUAGGUGUCA